AUGACAAUUUUCGGCCUGCGGCACGUUCUUGAUCAAUACCAAGUCUCAAACAAUGCUAUCCUUCGACGUGCUGACCUCGAACCACUUUACAUUAACCUGAAGGCACUCCAGCAUCCAGCUGGAGGAGAUCUCAAGCGACCUCGUCCUCAUCACUCCCCCCGGUCCCUCGAAAAGCCACCACCUAUUUGGGCUCGCCCAACUUGGCUAGUUCAAAGACAGCAUGCAAAAGAACCCCCGCUCAACCUCAAAGAAAAGCCAACAAAUGUACCUCAUGAGCCCCCACGAAGACGAUCUGCAAGGAUUGAUGCUGCUCAGAAAGCCAGUGGUGAUAGUAGUCGACCCAUCACACCCACUCGCAUCAUUGGAAAACGUACCACCCGGGUUCCCGAAGACAAUUUACCGAAGGACGAUACCCCGCGAUCUCACAAACGGCCUCGUCACAUUUUGAGGUUCAAAGUGCCAAGGAGACCACGUGCCAGGCGGCCGAAGAGAAAGAAGCGUAUACGGGCUACGAAAGCACAAGAUCGACCGUCAACACAAGAGCACUCUGGUAUACCUUCGUCCGACUUCACUUGUAAUGUUGAAAUGCCGGUUGAAAAAGCUCAAGGUCAAACAACACCUGAUUCGACUCAGUCGGAGUGUACGCCGCCCCCGGUGACGACUUGUGGCGCAGGUAAUCAUCCAGACAAUGGCAAGGAUCAAGCACUCCCGGACAAGUAUUUAAGCAUUGAGACACCCUCGAUCAAAUACCCAGGAGACUCCAACAACGUAGAUGCAAUCUCAACUGCUAUGUCAAGCUGUCCAGAUAAGACGCUUGCGGUAGCUUCAAGUCCUCCUCACGAUAGCUAUUCAGCUGAAAUCACAAGAUCACCAAGCAGCAAGAACACAGUGAAGAAAAUAUUAGUCCCCCACGAUUACCUCGAAAAAUCGAUGCUUACCCUAGUAGCUCAAUCGGGCCUAAUAAAAUAG